GUGGUAUUCUAAAUCUCUGCAAAGAAGAAAUUAUGAGUAAUCCCGAGAAGUCUAAAAUUGCUGAGGAAGAGAAUGAGAAUUUUGACGAGAGUGAUUAUCUUUGGAGCGAUGAAGAAGGAGACAUACGUGAAAUUGUUCUUGGCCUUCCUGCACUAAGACUUAGUGAGAGUCUCAAUGUGGAUGAAAGCAUCCGUAACGAAGCCGUUUCCGCGGCGAAGUUGAUCGUGGCAGCCGCCAAGGAAGCCACAGGGAAUACAGAACAAAGUGCUAGUGGUACCGGUGACGUUAGUGGAACUCCAGAAAUCAUAAAAGUUGGGAAACCCCGUGUAUUAUUGGAAGCGCUGGCCGAAGCAUCUGGUUGUACCCCUAUUGGGGUGACCACUACUGAAGGAGAGGUAGUCAAGAAACCCCGUAAGAAAGGUUCUACUCAGUUGACACAUCUGCCGCAAGGCCCUCCUAUGUGUAAUGUUUGUGGGAAGGGCUUUGCUUCUUGGAAGGCUGUUUUUGGACAUCUAAGGCAGCAUAAGGAUCGAGGGUAUCUAGGUUUUCUUCCUCCGCCAACAUUCAAUGCUGCUGAGGAAGGAUUUGGUGGAGUUGCUACUGCUUCAACCGGUGGUGCAGUAGCCACUGCUAUUUCCGUUGGUGAAGUCCCUACUGCUUCUUCCGCUGGUGGACUCGCUACGGCUUCUUCCGAUGGUGAAGGGCUUGUUUCAAGUAUCGGAAGGGCGAGGAUUGACUUAAAUGCCGAUCCAGUCGAGGAGGAAGACAAGGUAAUUGGAGUUGGAUCUAAGCGAAAAUUUGAUCUGAAUAGGUCCCCCCCACCAGACGGUGAUGAAGAGAACGAUGAUAAAGUCGAGUGAUAGUUAUUUUCUUGUUACAUGCAAAUCAUUUUCCUUAGUUACAUUUUUUCUUCGGUUUGUCGCUGUGAAAUGAAUAUACUAACUAUGAUAUUGUUACUUCUUAAUCUAUGUUAUUUGAAAAGAUAACUUUUUUCCAAAUUGCAACAAUAAAUGCGC